AUGAAAAUCCUGACUACCGCCAUCUUCUCGGUCGUCCUGAUGGGCCGCAGCUUCCACGCUCGCAAGUGGCGGGCCCUUGUCCUUCUUGUGCUGGGCGUCACCCUAGUGUCGAACGGCUCUUACGUGUCGGCCGGAAAGGAGGAUAAGAAGGGCGUCGGGUGGGAGUAUGUGAUCGGCGUGGCGGCGGUUCUCGCGGAGGUUUCUCUGUCCGGAUUCGUAAGCGUGUUCUUCGAAAAGGUGCUCAAGAGCAGGGUCGUGAACCUGUCGGUAUGGGACCGCAACUUCCAGCUGGCGAUGUACUCGAUCGUGUUCUACCUUCCGAUGGCGCUGUGGGACGAGGGGCCGCUGUUCCAGGGGUGGACCGUCAGCGCCGGCAUCCUGUCUGUCCUCGGCAGCGCUGGCGGCAUCCUCGUGGCCCUCACCAUGAAGUACACGGACGCCGUGCUCAAGACGUUUGCCACCUCGGGGGCGAUCAUCGUAACCGCCGUUGGGGGACACUUCACCCUGGGGUCUCCGCUGGACAUCCCGAUCGGAGUCGGGGCCGGCUGCACCGUGCUGUCGCUGCUUAACUACAGCGACGACGGAGCCCCGGUCGCCGCCCCCGACACCGGCAGUGGUGGAGGGAGCAACGGGACUGUGGCGGCGACGGGGGCGCGGGGGGGUGACGCGGAUGGUGACGAUGAGGCCGGGCUGUCGCUCUUGACCCGGACGGGGGCCCCGAGUGAAUCCGCUGCCUAAGGGGGGGGGGGUUGGUGAGGAGUUCGAUGUAUGAUGACGGUUUUGCCAGCAUUGUUUUGCGUGUGUGUGGUGCGGGUCAACCCUGUCGUUGUGGGAGAGCGAGGCCGCUCGCUGACCCCCCACGCCCGCCCG